AUUAAAACUAUAAAUUAAUAUUUGACUGUUCGUUGUCGAUAUUACAGUGAUCUAUCUACAUGAUUUUGUGCAGUAUAAGCUGUCAAAUUCGUAUUAAAAACUUCGAUUUGAACAAGUUAAUCGAGUCAAUUUAUUAUGCAUUUUAUUGGAGGUAAUUAAUUAAUGAGCAUAUUAUCGUAAAUAGGUGACAGUAACAUAAUCGAAAUGCAGAGGGCGUUCAAAGAAACCAAUCGGCACAUGUGUACAAUAAGGAAAUAUUCGGAAUCGUGCCUCCCAAAACUUUCUCCGAACGCUUCGAAAUGGGAGAAAUGCUUGAGACGAUUUCGAAAAACUUUAUUGUUAUACUCGGAUCACCCCUCUUGCAACCACCAUUACCGCAGUAGCGCGGCUAUUAUGUUCGAAAGGAAACGUCAAAUUUCGACCGUUCCCGUUUACAUAAUUCACCCUUUUAGCAAAUUCGCUUAUUACAGGGAAAUAGUUUGGUGCUUGGUGUACCUAAUAAUAUUUUCGAUAUGGCCAAUAAUGGCGUCGCUUAUAUUUUACGAUAACCCCGAAAACCAGAGAUGGGUCAACGAAUGCGCGCGCUGCGUCAAUUGGUUCAUCGUAAUCAACGUAGUAUUUUGUUUCAUAUCCGGUUACCAUAACCCCCAAAUAAGAGAGGCGGUCUUACGCCCGAAGGAAAUCGCAAUUCACUACUUAAAAACGUACUUCGUACUAGAUUUUUUUAGUUCAUUACCAGCGAGGUGGAUAUAUUUGUCUGACACAGGAAAAAUGAUCGUGAUUUUGCAAAGAUUCGUGCUUUACGCUCGCGUACCCACGAUGUUCCAAUACUCGCGGCACAUCACCAAUUUAUUACAAAUGAGCGAUACCCAACACGAAAUCGUCUCGCUCAUAAUCUUAUCGUUGUUCGUGUUACAUUGGUGCGCCUGUUUACUGGCAAUAGUAGAUCACCUUUACAUCAUUUUAGGGGAUAAAAACAUGUCUUGGUUUAGAUACGCGAAUCUCAGCAACCCAAACAAUCAUGCGAUGACGAGAUACUUUUGGUCAUUGCAUGUAAGUAUGGGCCACAUUUAUCGAUUAGGUGGCGGGUUUUCACCUACCGAAUCAAAAUUUGAUUACGUAACGCUUUCAAUAAUCACCAUAUUGGGCUCGGCGUUCUUCGGAUACGUAAUUGUGAUUGUAUUACAAGCGAUUGGGACAAUCAACGCGGCCGAAAGCAAAUACGAAGAGCUUUUGAGGCAACUCUACGAGUAUUUGCGAUCGAAGCGAGUGCCCGUUAAUAUCAAUAAGCGGUUAACGAGGUAUUGCGAAUAUCGCUUUCAAAAACGCUAUUUUAGAACUGAAGCGAUUUUGGCGACGCUCUCAGAUCACCUCCGGCACGAAAUCACAUUGUAUACGUCAAGAAAUUUAAUCGGAAAAGUUGAAAUUUUUAAAGGAUUACCCAGAGGAUUGAUUGGGAGUAUCAUCGCGUGUUUAAACACGGAGAUUUAUCUCAAAAACGACGUCAUAAUCUCGGCUCAUAAACCGUUGGAGUAUUGGUACAUCAUCUCUCAUGGAACUGUGGCGAUGGUGCAUACAAGCGGGCUCGAAAUUUGCCAUUUAGAGGAUGGGGACGUGUUUGGGUGCGGCCAUCUUAUGGAUGCCAUGGAUUACGACGUGAAUAUAGUUGCGAUUGAAAUUUCGGAAAUACUACGAAUGACGAAACGCGACUUUUUACGCAACAUGAAUAACAAAACGAUUUACGACCGAUUAAUGAUCGCCAUUGACAAACGUAACGAUGAUAUUAAAAAGGCUUUGGAUAAACGCGACCCCAAAUUGCAGGAGAGGGAAGAAGUUUUAUACAAAAUCCGUAAAGGCACUAUUUUAGAGAGUGGGUUUCCGAGAAAGAAAUUGUCACAAAGUGAUGAUACAAUUUAAUUGAGUAUUAUUAUUAA